AUGGCGUCUUCCCUCUCCAGCGAGUUCUUCAACGUCUCCGUGCCAGCCGAAUAUGUCGCCGUGAUAGAAAUCAACAGACCCAAGAAGCUCAACAGCUUCACGCACGAGAUGUUCACAGACCUCGGAGCCAUUUUCAAAAACCUCUCAAGUGAUCCCGAAGUUCGCGCCAUCAUCCUCACGGCUGCGGGCGAGCGAGCUUUCACUGCUGGACUAGACAUUACUGCUGCUUCUCAGGGGGCACUUUCCGGUGAGGGGCAAAAGGGACCUGUGGAGAAGGAUACUGCGCGGAAAGCGUGGGAUCUGAGGAGACAUAUCAAGGAUCUUCAGGAGGGUGUCAAUUAUAUUGAAUCGUGUGAGAAGCCGGUUAUCUGCGUUAUGCAUGGUAUCAGUUAUGGAGCAGCAGUUGAUAUUUCGACUUGCUGCGAUGUUCGAAUCUGUUCGAAAGACACUAUAUUCUCCGUCAGAGAGGUUGCUAUCGGCCUAGCUGCAGACCUUGGAACUUUGACCCGACUAGGCCACACCGGAGUUCCAAUGUCGUGGAUCAAAGAUGUCUGCCUGACAGCAAGAGAUUUUUCCGCGCAGGAGGCAAUGACGAUGGGAUUUGUGUCGGGUGUGUAUGACAGCAAAGCAGCGGCAUUGGAUCGCGCCAUGGUAUUGGCCAAGGACAUCGCUGCUGCGAGCCCUGUGGCUGUGCAGAGCACAAAGGCGGUGAUUAAUUAUUCUCGCGAUCACACUGUGGCUGAUGGAUUGGACUACGUGGCUGUGUGGAACGCCGCUAUGUUGCAGACACAAGAUGUGAAGGAUGCGCUGUUCAGCAAGAAGGAGAAGAGGGUGCCGAAGUUUGCGAAGCUAUAG